CUAGCUACAUAAAUAGUUCCCACGUUCUGCAUCAACACCAUAAUCAUCACGCCUCUCCGUCCCCACACUCCAAUCCCCUUCACUAAUUUCCCAUUCCCACAGUUUUCUACAUCAACAUUCAAAUCAUCACUACUCUCACACACAUACAUAUAUUUCACAUCUCUCUCUAUCUCUUUCUCUCUCUAAAUAUGUCCAUAAAUCACUUCUCUUCGGACCUUCCAGAAGCUCACUGGUGGACACAACACCAACCCAUCAUACACCCAAAUCCCAUAACCCCAUCCUCUAAACACACACCCAAUUUCAUCUCUCACUGCUAUCCCAAUACUCAGUUUUGGCCUAAUUCUCACCACCACAACCGACUCACCGCCACCGACAACUCCACCGCCACUGCCACGGCCACCAUGUUUUGUGCACAAAACACCGCUUCACAAUUCAACUUAAACCAAGAAGACAAUGAAGAACUCGACGACCAACUCAAUCAUGUCGACAGAUAUGAAAACCUCUCCCAACAGGAACAAGAAGUGCGAGAGCCUAUGUUCGAGAAGUCGCUGACGCCGAGCGAUGUUGGAAAGCUGAACCGACUCGUCAUACCGAAACAACACGCCGAGAAAUACUUCCCACUCGGUGGCGGUGACUCGGGCGAGAAAGGAUUGUUGCUGAGUUUCGACGACGAGUCAGGCAAGUGCUGGAGGUUUCGCUAUUCUUAUUGGAACAGCAGCCAAAGCUACGUGUUGACAAAGGGUUGGAGUCGUUUCGUUAAAGAAAAGCGGCUCGACGCCGGCGACGUCGUUGUGUUCGAGCGCCACCGCUCCGACGACGACCGACUCUUUAUUGGGUGGAGGCGGCGGUGCACUGCUGUCGCCGCCACGGGGCAAGAUAACGCGGUGGCUCAGCCGAGUGCGGUGGCUUCUAAUAGUGGUGGGUGGACCCAGGUGUACUAUUCUGCGCAUCCUUAUCCUUCGCACCCUCAUGGGCCUCCUAUACCAUACCAACCUGACUGUCUUCAUGCAGGGUCAAUUGUGCAGAAUCAAACUACGCCGAGUGGGAACUCCAAGACAGUGAGGCUGUUUGGGGUGAAUCUGCCGUGCCAGUUGGAUGAUGAGUCCGAGCCACCUACUCCUGAUAGUUCUUCUGUGUCUAGCCAGGUUCAAGCCAUCUAUCAAUAUUACCCAGAAACUCAUCCUUCACACCAAGAUACCAAUUUCUCGAGUGAUGUCAACCAGAUGAAUUAUCGCUGAGGAUAAGAUCUCUGGAUGUAACGUCCAGAUUGACCUAUUGGGCCACUUGGCAUAUCAAAAAAAAAAUAAAAAAAUAAAUAAAAAAGGGAAAAUCCCAGAUUUUCAGGCAACUUUCUCUCACUAGAAAAAAAGAAAAAAAAAAGAUGGAUUCACCACCAAAGUCAGGAAGGGAGGAAGAAGCAAAAGGAAAUGGAGGUGAAAGAGACUUGAGGAUGGGUAGGGGAGUGGGUGGCCCCACAAAAGAUAGGGCUGACGUAAUCCAGGCCCAAAUGGGGGAAUAUGGGUCGUUGCAAUCAGGAAUCUAUAUAUAUAUAUUGCUACUGUUGUGAUUCUGCCUGAAGAUUUUUCAUAGGGCUUCAUCAUUCGCCAUAUAGAUCACAAAAAUAAGUUAGUAGAGGGGAGGUGAUGUGGUGGGCAAGUGGGUGGGUGGGUGGACUUGUUAAGUUGAUAAGAUGGGUGACAACCCCCAAGUAGUAGUACUAGCCCACUCCUCUUUCUCCAUCACCUAUGUAACUGCUAUCUAAUGUUUUGUUCAUCUGUUGUUGUUUUGAAAUUUUCAAAAGCUAUAUUUAAUGAAUAGUAUGUUCAAUUAUGCUA